AUGUCAGCAACUCGGCGUCUUCAGAAGGAGCUCGGGGAUCUCAAAAAUUGUGGAGUGAAGGCUUACGAAAAUGUCGAGUGCGAGGAAACGAACCUUUUGAAGUGGACGGUUCUUUUGCUCCCAGACAAGGAGCCAUACAACAAAGGUGCCUUCAAAGUUGGAAUUACAUUCCCGGUCGAUUACCCUUUCAAGCCACCAAAGGUUGCUUUCGAGACAAAAAUUUAUCACCCAAAUGUUGAUGAGGAAGGAAAGUUCUGUCUCCCAAUCGUCACUGCUGAGAAUUGGAAGCCAGCCACGAAAACUGAGCAAGUGAUGAUGGCUUUGCUGUCAUUGAUCAACGAACCUGAGCCGAAUCAUCCAAUCCGUGCUGACGUGGCCGAGGAGUUCCAGAAGGAUCAUAAGAAGUUCAUGAAGACUGCCGAGGAGCACACGCGAAAACAUUCCGAGAAAAGACCUGAAUAG